GAGUGUUAGUAUCCAUGUGUGUGAGAAUUAAAUCAAUACAUGAAGAGCGCAUGAACAUUUAAUUGAGCCAUGGUUGUGAGCUUUUAAAUUUUUUAUGUAUUAAAGCUUCAGUGUCGACUUAUGGAAAUCGAUUGUCCGUGGUCCACGAUACAGGUGUAUGUAUACACGAACAACCAGCCAGCUACACACGCCACGACCGUACAUUGCGCCACAGGGUAAAUAUACACAUGUGUGUUGGAGUGAUCGCAGACGAAAACAUUGAGUGCGUUGGUAAAAAGCUUUGUGCCGACCAAGAUGAAUUCGUGAUAUAUGUCAACAGAACUGCUGUUAGGAGAAUCACAUCCCGUUAUUUCAGGUUUCUAAGAACGUCUUCAUAGCCUCCAGCAUGUGUCUUUUGGAAAACGCCUGCGCCUUGCUUCUAUUCACCAUGGAGAGUUACCAUGUGAGUAGUCACAUCAUGGUAAUAACAAGAACUCGUCUCCUUCCGCGCAAAGAUCUAGUCCGUCUCCGAAUAUAUUUCCUCAUCGACCUGCUAACAGUUUUCUUCUCUUCAUUUGUGUUUCUACAACGACUCCAAUGGUUGGCAGGCAUACAAAUUCUACAACAUCUCUACUACUUUAUUUUCUGGGAGAAAACGAAGCCAGCAAAGAAGAUAAUCAGCUGGAGUUCUAUCGACUGGACCAAAAGCAACUUCCAACAAGAAUGGCACUUUGAUUCCAUCCUUGGUACUUUAUUUGACAUCGGCGUCCAUUUGGCUUUCGCUGUACUUCUCGGGGAAUAUCUGACCACAGUGCAGAUAGUUGUAUCCUUGAUGGUUGGUCACAGUGUCCUCUUCAUGUUCCUAUGGAGCCGAAGGUUUGCUUGGAGUAAUCCCUGGUCUCCACCAAAAUGGGUACAGAAGAGAAUUCAGCCAGUUACACUGGAUAAGGCCCGCUGGUUUUAAUGAGUCUUUCAAAUAGGUCGAAGUCAUGGCAUUGCGUGCAGUUGGUGUUUAGUUCAAUGCAUAGUAAAUUUCUCAACUUUAAUGAACUUCAAACAGGGAAACAAUCAAAUGAAUAAGGGUAACCUCAUUAAUGCAGCCGAUACCAUUUUUAUCUACAAUGGUAUAAUAAAAUGAUAAUUGUUACAAUAAUGGUAAACAUUAUAUUGAAGUGAAGGAUGUUGAAGGUGAAGCGUAUAUAUGAUUUGUAUGUCCUCAUUAAGACUAUGAUAAUAUAGAGUGUAGCUGAAUCUCCGAUGUCUAUUUGAAAUGUUUGUGUUAAAAAUAGAUUCAAUAUCAAUUAAGAUCUGAUGUUACAUAUACUGUAAUUUACGAACAUAACACGUAUCUAAGCGAUUGUAUCGGUAAUCAUUUAACAUAAUAGUGUGCGGAGAAGAGACUUACUGAAUAUCCUCAUCCGACCACAGCUAAUACAUGUUGUACUACACAGUUAAAGAUCCUAGCAGUCCUGUAAUUAUACCAACAGGUUGCUUUAUAAUUCUAACGUUGCCACAUAAUAAAAAAAAAUAUGCAAUGCUAAUAUUAGUGUUGAAUGAUGUUGUCAUUCAACAAGUGUAUUUUUUUCAAAAUGCAGCAAAUUCCAGUUUAAUUAGGCGAUAUUUUUUUUAACAGGAAAAAUGCACUUGAUAUCAGAACAAAACUAUCCAUUAUAUAUACGCAAAACUAUAGGAUUCGUGGUUAGGAAUAAGAUUCAUCAGUUUGGUAUGAAUGAUAUAUAUAACAAGUUAAUUUUGUACACAAACAAAAAUUGAAAACUUUCUUUGAGAGCUUUCGAAAACGUCUGUUUACAACAGCCGAGUGUCGGUGUUCUGGCCGCUGAAUGUUUACACCAGCCGAGUGUCAGUGUUCUGGCCGCUGAAUGUUUACAACAGCCGAGUGUCAGUGUUCUGGCCGCUGAAUGUUUACAAUAAGGCUAGUGUCGGUGUUCUGGCCGCUGAAUGUUUACAAUAGCCGAGUGCCGGUGUUCUGGCCGCUGAAUGUUUACAACAGCCGAGUGUCGGUGUUCUGGCCGCUGAAAUCAGCUUACUUCCCAAAAAAGGCCGAGUGAUUGAAGUCAAAUUCGUAGAAUGACAUUUCGUCCAAAUGGAUACCAAUACUGUAGGUAGGCAGAGGGACGGAUAAGAUGUUUACCCAUUCCGCCACUUAUUCUAAAGUGUUGGAAGGGAGGGAAACUCGAAAAUAAGAAAAAUUAAAGAAUCCAUAUGGAUAGCGAAGGAAGGGAAAUCAUUGAACAGAGACGAGGGGGAGGGGCACCAGUUGAGCCAUUUUUAUGACCCUAUUUUAAGGGGUAUUGCCAGGUUCAAUGGCCGACAAUAUCAGAUGAAAAUAGGUUAUUCAGAAAACAUCCAAUACGGGGCGGAAUGUGAAAACAUCAUACCCAUCCAUCUGCCUAUCUGCAGUUUUAGAGUGCAGUUGCGUUAAAUGUCGCACCUUAUGAAACAAUUCCAAACAAAUAUUGAAUACGUUUUCUGUACUUUAGUAGAAAAUCAAACAGUAUUACAUGAAUUUUCAAACAAUUGUUCCUCAUUUAUUGUUGAAUGGAUUUUUGCAUUAUUCUUUUUAAUUACUAAUGAUAGUUAGUGUGUAUUUUUGAAUAAUUCUUUCCAUUGUUAUUUCUUAAAUUACACAGGCAAAAUGUCUUGAGGCAAGUUUGACCUGAAAAAAUAUUGAUCUGAAAUUGACCUGAAUUAACAGGAAGACAUUUUGCCUGUGUACUGUAUUUGUUCUCUUCUCUCUGUAUAUAUCAGUAGAUCUUUAGAGACUUCUGUCUUAAACACAGGGGCCAAAUAAUAAUGGCAUAAUAUUAUUGUCAGAUAUGUUCAUGUUCAACACAGUCGGAGACAUUAUAUCUCAUCUUAGAUUAAAUAUUUUGUAUUUUACUAGAUUCUGAUUUUUUAUAUUGCUUUUAACAAACAGUGACUUGAUUUUAACUGAUUGAGUAAUUUCAUGAUGACAUGUUUAUGAUAAUUUACAUGUACCUACCAGUUGGUUUCUUGUUUUGAGCUAAGCUUGAAAUAUAUAGGUUUUACAGUUGAUGUAGAAGUACGGUCAUAGUAAUGUGUUGUUACUGCUAGAUUUUACCUUCAAAGCCUUUCUGGUUUUCGUUUUUAAAUAUUUUUGUAUGUCUACGUGUAUCAAAACGAGACAGAGAUCAUUAUUCAUUAAACCAUUCUCAGCCAUGUAUUUUGUUGUCCAGCAUGUCAGUUUAUGACAAAACAAAUAACUUAUUUCUAAUAGUUUAGAAUAAAUUCUAUACAUGUGAUUAUAUAUUGAUUUCUUGUUGCAUAUCUCAAACCUGUACAUGAAUUCGGUCAGAUACCAGGGAGAUAAAUUGGAUGAGAAUGGUUUGAUUAAUAAUUUUAUCAGAUAAAUAUAUUAAGUGUAUGUUAUGUUCAUUGGUGGGAGCUAGUCAUGAUAUGCUACUGUGACAAUCUUGUCAAUCCACAUAUCCAUUUCUGGACAACAGUAUUUUGGAAAGACUAGAUGGCAGUGAAGGAUCAAUGCAAGCAUAAUUGCUUUGUUUGAAUUGUUUAUUUUUAUUUUUCAUUUAUAUGAUGAAUACUUGUAUUAGAUUGAUGAAUGUUUCAAAUUUAUCCCACAUUUCAGUAAUUCUUCUGAUGAUUAGUUUUAGUUUCUCACUUAUGUUUAAUUUCUCCUGGUUUUCCACUAUUAACGCAUUUUAAACAGUAAUUGUAAAAUUAACUAUUCCCAUUUAUAUUGUACAGUAUACAUAUACAGCUGUACAUAACAUCAUGAUUUCCAUUAUCUUUUUGAUAUUUCCUAAUACGGUAAAGUUUGCAUUCCUUUUUUAAACUUCUGAGAAAUGAUUGGAUAAACUCGUGAUUUAAAAGUUAAUAUCGCAAUAUAUAAGAUAUAGUAUGUGUAUUUUGUGGCAGUACUGUCAUAUGUAGGAAUUAUGAGAUGUGAUUAAAUGUCUGUGAUUAUUUUAAAUGAGUGGUUUGAGUUUUCAGAUCAUCUGAUCCGACGGAUCGCGGAGCUUAUAACAUGACGCGAUGACCUUCGUCCGUCAUCUGUCUGUCAACUUUUCUAUUUCGUUGCUACUCUUCAUAAACGAGGGAUGCAUUUUACGAAAUUUGGUUAGAAGCAUCCCAGGGAAAGGGGAACAAAGAUUGCAUAAAUUAUGGCUCUGGCCCCUCUGGUACCGGAGGGGUGGAGCUAAAUAGGGGAAAUAGAGGUAAGUGCUUUAAAUCGCUACUAGUCAUCAAUGUGAGAAUGGAUGUUGGCCGUAUUUGGUCAGAAGCAUCCUGAGGGAAGAGGGAACCAAUUUUGCGUAAAGAGUGACUCGGGCCCCUGGAGCGGAGCCCAAUAUGGGAAAUAGAAGCAAGUCCUUUAAAUAGCCUCUUGUCAUAAAGGGCAUAAUAGAUUUGACCGAUUUUAUUCCGAAGCAUCCUUUGCUGAAGUAGAAUCAUCUUUGUAUAAACAGUGGAUCCGGUCCACCAGGGGUCUUAGGGGCGUUCCAAAAGGGAGAAAUAUAACAAAUUCUUCCGUAGAGGUUUUUGAAAUAAUCACUGCCAUAUCAAGGCGAGCGAUACUGGACCUCAUGUUAAUGUAAUGCUUUGUUUUUUGUUGUUGUUUUUUUUUUGUGUUUGAUUUUUUAACAAUUCGAAAAAUGUUUUUAUCAUCAAAUGGUUGAUUAAUUUAAUCUUAAAUGAGAACAUGUCAUCUUCCCAUUUUGGAUUUAGAAUUAAAAUUGCGUUUCUAUAAA